AUGGAUAGCAGUAAAAAAUCAUCAAAUAAAUCAACUUAAAAAUCAGCCUAAAAAUCAGCUCAUAAAUCAGUUGAUAAAAAAUCAAGAUCUAAAUCGAAAACUCCUGUUAAAGUUUCUGCUUAAAAAUCUACCUAAAAAUAAUCAUCUAAUAAAGCAGCAGAAUAAAGAGCGAAAUCUAGAUCUAGAUCAAGAACACCUUUAAAAACUGAAAAUUAAGCAGCUUAAAACCGUAGAUCAGGUUCAAAAAGCCCAGCUUUAAAUAAAAGAUCAGUGACACCUUAAAAACAUGAAGAAGCAGCUAAAGGAUCAACUACUAAAUAACAUGUUUCUGCUGGAAAAAUGUCUGCCUAAUCAGGUAAGAGAAGUAAAAAUAACUGAAGAAUCAUAAAAAAUAAUGAAAAUUAUAUUAUUUAUAUGACUAAAGCGUUUUUUCAUAUAAUUAUUUAUUAUAAAUAAAGAUUAUUUUUUUUUUCAAUUUUUUAUUUAUUUCAGUA